AUGGCAUCCUCUGUGGCUGUGCUCACUGGUGUCUGCACCAAGAGAAAUGGGCAUCCAAGGUUGCUGCCAGGACUCUUGCUGUUGCUGCUGUUGGCAUUGGGUGUUGGAGCCCAAAUAAAUAGUGACUCUGUUCGCCAUUGCCCUCCGAAAUCCACUAUUUUCAAAGGUGACGCCUGUCUCUGCCUUCCGGGAUUCAGUUCUUCAUCUGGGAAGAUUUUCCAUGGCCGGGGGAGUUGUGAUGACAUCAAUGAGUGUGGACCACCCCCGUUGGUGUCCUGUGGACGGUUAGCAGACUGUCAGAACACAGAGGGGAGCUACCACUGCAUGUGCAUCCUGGGAUAUGAGCUUGCUUCUGGGGCAACGACGUUCAUGAAUGAGAGUGAGAACACAUGUCAAGAUGUGGACGAGUGCAGCUCUGGGCAGCAUACAUGCCAUCACUCCACCAUCUGUGUCAACACUGUGGGCUCCUACCAGUGCCGCUGCCGCUGGGGCUGGGAGCCCAAACCUGGAUUCCAGGAUAAGCAACUGAACACCACCUGUGAAGAGAUGUCCUUCCCCACCUGGACCCCACCCCCUGGAAUCAAGAGCCAGAGACUCUCUAAUUUCUUUGAAAGAGUCCAAGAGCUGCGCAGAGACUUCAAGCCAGCCUUGGCUCAGGAAACCAUCCAGAAACUCAUAUGGGGGGUGGAUGAGCUGCUGGAGACUCCGGGGGAUCUGGAGGCCCUGCCUCGCUCAAAACAGCACUAUGUGGCCACUAACCUGCUGGUUGGCCUGGAAGAUGUCCUGAGAGAUGUAAGCCAGGCCCUGCCCAAUGGGCUGUUGACCUUCAAUUCAUCUGCAGGCACAGAUCUGUCCCUGGAGGUGCAGGAGCAAGGACAUAAUAAUGUCACUUUGAGUCAGAAUCAGGCAAAGAUGCUGUUGAAAUGGGAUGUGGUGCAUGAAUCUGGUGACUCAGGUCCUUCUGUGGUGGGCCUCAUCUCUACUCCGGGGAUGGGCAAGUUGCUGGCUGAAGCCCCUCUGGUCCUGGAGCCUGAGAAGCAGGCUGUUCUGCACGGGGCACACAAAAGCUUGUUGCAAGGAGUCUCCCCUGUUCUGCUCUCAGAUGUUAUCUCGGCCUUUAUGAGCAACAAGAAGCUCAGCUCCCCCAUCAUCUACAUCUUAUUCCACCAUUCAGUGACCCCUGGGCCAACAAAAAAGGUGUUCUGUGUCUUUUGGGAGCACAGUCAGGAUGGAUCUGGUCAUUGGUCCACCAGAGGCUGCACAAUGGUGAAUAGUGGAGAUACCAGCACCACCUGCCAGUGCACCCACCUCAGCAGCUUUGCCGUCCUCUUGGCCCACCACGAUGUGCAGGAUGAUGAUCCCAUGCUGGCUAUGAUCACAUACGUGGGGCUGGGCCUUUCUCUGAUGUGCCUCCUCCUGGCAGCCCUCACCUUCCUGCUGUGCAAGGCCAUCCAGAACACCAGCACCUCCCUCCACCUGCAGCUCUCAAUCUGUUUGUUCCUGGCUCACCUGCUCUUCCUCGUGGCCAUUGACCGGACUGAAAUCAAGGUGCUGUGUUCCAUCAUUGCAGGUGCCUUACACUAUCUCUACCUGGCCUCCUUCACCUGGAUGCUGCUGGAGGGUCUACACCUCUUCCUCACUGCACGCAACCUGAAGGUGGUCAACUACUCCAGUGUGAACAGGUUCAUGAAGAAGCUCAUGUUCCCUGUGGGAUAUGGAGUCCCAGCCAUAAUUAUGGCCAUUUCUGCUGCAUCCAGGCCUCACCUUUAUGGAACACCCACCCGCUGCUGGCUCAACCAAGAAAAGAGAUUUAUAUGGAGCUUCCUUGGGCCAGUCUGUGCCAUCUUCUCUGUCAAUUUAGCUUUCUUUCUGAUGACCCUCUGGAUUUUGAAAAGCAAGCUGUCUUCCCUCAACAGCGAAGUAUCUACCCUCCAGAACACAAGGAUGCUGGCAUUUAAAGCCACAGCUCAGCUCCUCAUCUUGGGCUGCACAUGGUGCCUGGGCAUCCUGCAGGUGGGUCCAGCUGCCCAAGUCAUGGCUUACCUGUUCACCAUCAUCAACAGCCUGCAGGGUGUCUUCAUCUUCCUGGUGUACUGCCUCCUCAGCCAGCAGGUACGGGAGCAAUAUAGGAAAUGGUUCAAAGGGAUCAGGAGAGCAAGAGCUGAGUCAGAGAAAUACACAGUGUCCAGCAGGGCCACCUCUGAUGCCUCUAAAUAGAGCAUGGUCAAUUAAAAAAUCUGAUGAAUUAUAUCCCCAUCUCCCAUGGAAAAUUGGAACUGUUAAUCUCUGAGCCCUUGAGAGAGGAUAAACAAGACUUCAUUGUGUGUAUAUUUCAAGAAAUUCACCAUGUCAACAGUGUGAAAGACGUCAACCUUGCUUGAUACUCAAUGCCUGCAAAAUCUGGAAUUUGUCUGUGCCCUUCAGUGUGCUUAGAAAACUCUCAACAUAUAAAGAGCCAUCUGUGGAUCAAUUUCUUGGUCACUUUGGUUUACAAUCUUUUCUGAAGCCUCUCCUUCCUACAAAGAUGCUUCUGGAUGCUGAACGUCUAUGAGCAGGAAAACCUGCCUCAAUGGAUUUUCCUACCUACAGCAACCAUGAGAGUGGACAUGUUCACUCCAGAGUCUGGAUUUUGAAAUUUCUUUGUUCUGUGUUCUGUGAGCUUAAUUAUUCAUACUUUCAAAG